CACAGCAGCGGCUCCGGCAGAGAGGGAGGAAUCAACUGGGACACGCGUUGGGCUGUGUUAUAUCAUUCGGCUUUUCGGGAAGACUUUCAUUUUCCUCUCAGAAGAUAUGAGACGAGUUGUACGGCAGAGCAAAUUCCGUCACGUCUUUGGCCAGGCGGUGAAGAAUGAUCAAUGCUAUGAUGAUAUCCGGGUGUCAAGGGUCACAUGGGACAGCUCCUUCUGUGCAGUUAACCCUAAGUUUGUUGCCAUAAUUAUUGAAGCCAGUGGCGGUGGAGCUUUCCUCGUUCUCCCUCUUCAUAAGUCGGGACGCAUUGACAAAGCCUACCCCACAGUGUGUGGUCACACAGGCCCGGUGUUAGACAUUGACUGGUGUCCCCACAAUGAUCAGGUUAUUGCCAGCGGCUCUGAGGACUGCACAGUGAUGGUGUGGCAGAUUCCUGAGAAUGGCCUCGUCACCUCCAUGUCUGAGCCAGUAGUGGUGCUGGAAGGACACUCCAAACGAGUUGGCAUCAUCACAUGGCACCCAACAGCACGCAAUGUCCUUCUUAGUGCUGGUUGUGACAACCAGAUCAUCAUCUGGAACGUGGGCACAGGUGAGGCCAUGAUCAACCUGGAAGACAUGCAUCCUGACGUCAUUUACAAUGUCACCUGGAACCGCAACGGCAGCCUCAUCUGCACCGCCUGCAAAGACAAGACCAUCCGUGUCAUCGACCCCCGUAAGGAGGAGAUUGUUGCUGAGAAGGAGAAGGCACAUGAGGGCGCUCGACCCAUGAGGGCCAUUUUCCUGUCUGAUGGGAAUGUCCUCACCACAGGUUUCAGCCGCAUGAGUGAGAGACAGCUCGCCCUCUGGAACGUACAAAACAUGGAGGAGGCCAUGACUGUUAAUGAGAUGGACACCAGCAAUGGAGUUCUCUUGCCCUUCUAUGACCCAGACACCAACGUCGUUUACCUUUGUGGGAAGGGUGACAGCAGCAUCCGCUACUUUGAAAUAACAGAUGAGGCUCCAUAUGUUCACUUCCUCAGCACCUUCGCCACUAAGGAGCCUCAGAGGGGCAUGGGCUACAUGCCCAAGAGGGGUCUUGAUGUCAAUAAGUGUGAAAUUGCGAGGUUCUAUAAACUGCAUGAAAGGAAGUGUGAGCCUAUCGUGAUGACUGUACCUAGAAAGUCCGACCUGUUCCAGGACGACUUGUACCCUGACACAUCUGGACCAGACCCGGCCCUGGAGGCUGAGGAUUGGUUUGAGGGCAAGAAUGGAGACCCCAUCCUAAUCUCCCUCAAGAACGGCUAUGUUCCGGGCAAGAACCGCGAGUUCAAGGUGGUCAAAAAGAACAUUUUGGACAACAAGGUGACCAAGAAUUCAGAAAACUCAAGCCCUGCCAACAAGUCUGCCUCUCCAACUCCAUCGAUUAAAUCUGAAGCCAAGCUGGAAGAGAUCUUGAAAGAAAUCAAAUCCCUCAAGGACCUGGUCAGCAGUCAGGAGAAGCGAAUCAUCAAACUUGAAGAGCAAAUGUCUAAAAUUGCCAUUUAAGGACCCUUUACUCGACCCCCGCUACAAUUCAGGACGUUCCAUUGGCUGGACGGUGGGUGGGACCAGUCACUGCCUAUCUCAAUGACAGUGUUUUGUCUGAGGCCUGCCUAGCAACGAUCCCUAGCAACAUUCCAGAUGAACUUUUUCUUAGCCAGCCCCCAAUCCUCAGUUUAACACAGGUGGAAUAAGAAGGAUGUGUGGCAAAUUUAGCAGAAAAUGUUCUUGCUUUUUUGGUGACAAAGGACUUUUUUUCCCCCCUCCUUUUUAUUCUGUGGCAGUCAUUUUUUAUUUUGUCUACUUGUAUAAAAAGUUCUUACAUAUUCCUUUUCAUUUUAGCAAAAUUGACAAGAAAAUUCCAAUUUGAACAGUCCCAAUUUAAUAUUGUAUUCCCAAAUAUUUUUAAGUAGGUAUCGACGUUUAAUGUUAGCAUACCCCCAAAAUGAUUAUGUUGGAAAAUUGUUUACAGCUCCUGGACAGUAUUUCUUUCUGUCUUUUUGUGGGAAUAUUUAAAAUGCAAACAGGGAAGCUCAGUGCAGUCUCUCGAGGAGGGAUUUCAUUACAAUUUUGCUAUAUAUUAAAAUAAGUUAAUUGGAUAGUUAUCAAAAGAUCGACGUUUCCUCUUCUAGAGGAAAAACUCUUAAAAACACAUUUAGCUGCCACAGUCCAAAUCAAGCACUCAAAUGACAAUUAUGCUAUCUGUGUUGAAGCUGCACAAAUCAGCACCUGCUUUCUGGCAUUUCUUUUCAUUCCCACUGCUUCCCGUCAUUCUGACGCUCUACUGACAGUGGACACAAUAAUCCACGUAAAACAUGCAUUCCUUUCAAUUUCGCUUUAACACGCACUGUGUGCUUUUUUUUUUUUUUUUUUUUUGGAAAAACGACAAACACAUUCCACAAAUCUCAUCGGCAUUUCUUGGUGUGUGUUGUGUGGGGGUGGGUGGGUGUUCCUACAACGUUCUUUGUUUUGUAAACACUCUACUGUAGUGACUCACUUACACUGGUUGGUUUUUAUUACAAUUAUGUGCUGCCCAAGGAAAAACCAACUGGAUUUUCAAACCUUUCUGCAGCUCUGCUUUGUUUUUGUGAGAGGUUCAGUCACCAACCUCAGCGUUUGUUGUCCACUGGCUUGUUCAACACACAGGUGUAGUCAAGUGUAGUGGGAUUAUUUUGUGUCACUGUUCCUCUUUGUGUUACAGAUCAUCUCCAACUCAGAUCUUUACUCUCUGUACAAAGAUAACAGUAAUCGAUAAAUGACACUAAGUAAUCACACGUCGACUUGACUUGAUUUAAAACUUGCUACAGAAACUGUUCAUGACAGACCUUAAAGGCCUAGAUUGUGUGAAUAUGUGCCUCAUGUCUUUGGCCUGUUGGGUAUCUGUCACUUUGGAUGUUCCUGCUUUGUUUCUUAUGGGGAGGGAAAUGGGGCUGGGUUGAUGAAAUGGAUUCACAGCAGAAUGUCCAAGACUUGCCUCUAACUUGGAUGAAUUGAAUAGUUGGGUUAUUGCUUCACUGUUAAUUUUAGCCUGUUUCUUGUUCCAGCUGUGCUUAUAUCCCUCUUAGCACUUCCACUUCUUGGGUUUUUUAAUGGUUUUUUUCUCAGAUGUCCCCCUUUCAGUAUAGUUAUCACAAAAACAAGAAACCAUUGGAUUGUCCAAUCUGAGCUGUUUUGCUACGAUAAAAGCUCUAUUUUCUUGAUGUUUUUUCGAUCUGUUUCCCAGUGGGAAGCUGAGACGGGUAAUGGUUCAGUCUGUUGUUUGCCUUCAAUGUUUGUUACCACUGUAAAGACCUGAAAGUGCCAUAGAGGUGACCAUGGAAGUGUUUGUAGAGGACUGUUGUGUGAGUAGUUUGAUUUGUGUAGUAAAUGGAAGAUUUGAUAGGUGCCCAGAUAUGAAACCACUUUAAGGUGCUACAGCUAGUGCAGACACUAAGUUCAAAGGACUCGGGUUGACAUCAUGAAGUCCUGCCAACACAUCUCACAAUCUGCCAGGCAGCGUUAUUGAUCAGGAUUUGUUAGAGGCAUUGCACUCAGACAUCUUGACACUCUCCACCUCGGUACGGGUAUUCAAGCCAUUUUUAAAAAGAUGAUGUCAAACUAAGAAGCCGUCAGUCAUCUUGACUUCAAAAUGCAAUUUGAGCAGCGAGUCGACUAGAAUAUUAGUGAAAGAAAUCUAGGGUGCGACAGAAAUGUCGGUCUGACAUUGAAGACCUUUUGGUCUUAAAUUAUACUGCCCUAUCAUGUAUAUCAGACUGCCACCUUAUGGAUUCUUUAUUGCACUGUUGGCACACGAGCUAAGUUUUGAGGAGUAGUGAAUAGCAAUCCAAAGGGACAUUGUAGGUUGGAGAAAUGUGCAGUUGAAAGAUAGAUGUAUGUUUGUAAUUAAGGUCUAGAGUGAAAGCUGUGUAAAUAACAUGACCAUAUUUUCUGUAUUUUUUUUUUUUUUUUUUUUUAAAUUCUUUUUGUGGUUGUGCUGAAGAGGGUAUUUGUAUGGGAGGUGGGUUUUAAAUGUUUCUCCUUGUCUGUGUUCCCUGCACCUUGCCAUAAUGCAUCAUCAGAAAAGCAGAAGCCUCUUGUUGUUAUUGGAGGUCGUAUGAGUAUCGAGAAAGAAAAUCAGAAGAAAACAAACCAGGAUGAAGCCUCACGUGGAGGUCUGCUCAGCAUUUUUGUUCAUUAUUCUUGCUUCAAGUAUCAAACAUUGAUUAUAAGAAAUUAAUAAAGAAUUUUUAAAAUGGG